AUGCGGCCAUUGUUAUUUGCCACUGCCAUUGCGCAGCUUGUAAUCGCCGUGGUCGACAUAACUACUGCCCCACGUGAGACCUCGGCCAACAUUGUUCCAGGGGCAUAUAUUGUUGAACUCACGCCUGGCUCCAGUAUCAAGCGUGGAUUCGCUUCACCCCAUGAAGAAUUAUACCAUGACCUCGCCAGGCGCGGGGUUUUCUGGGAAGUCACUCGGGAAUAUUCGUGCGAUUUCAUGACCGGCGUCGCACUAAAGCUCGGAUCGGACAGCGACCUUAUGAAGCUUGCCCAAUCGGAAGGCGUUCAAAGUAUCAUCCCGGUCUAUAGCCACUCGCUUCCUGACCCGAUUGACCCACAAAUUCUCUAUGGUCCAUAUCAACCCCCCUCUCAACCGCAGGAUACCCAGUCUUCACACGUUAUGACCGGCGUCGACAAACUUCAUGCCCAAGGUACUUUAGGACAAGGCAUCAAGAUAGGCAUAAUUGACUCCGGGAUUGACUACACACAUCCAGCCUUGGGAGGCAAAUUCGGUCCGGGGAACAAAGUCAUUGGGGGAUACGAUUUUGUUGGAGAUGCGUAUCGAGGUAGCAGUGGUCCGGCACCUGUGCCUGACAAUGACCCCCUGGAUCAAUGCAACGGCCACGGCACUCACGUUGCAGGGAUUAUUGCCGCCAGCCCGUCCAACCCGUUCGGCAUCUCUGGUGUGGCUCACGAGGCAAGCAUCAACUCCUACAGGGUUUUCGGUUGCUCUGGUACCGUUUCGGAUGAUGUGAUUAUAGAUGCCCUCAUCAGGGCGUAUGAGGAUAAAAACGAUAUUAUAACGUUCUCGUUGAGCUCUGUAGGGGCCUGGUCCACAAGUAACGUAGGCGUGGUCGCGAGCCGAAUCGCAGAUAAAGGCCGAGUUGUAGUUGCUUCUGCCGGGAAUCAGGGAGCUAUUGGUGCUUGGUAUUUUGGGAGCCCGGGGACGGGGAAAGGUGUGAUAGGUGUUGGGAGCAUAGAAAGUAACUUUGUUGCUAUCCAGAAUGCUACUACUUCAUCCGGUCGUAAGAUCCCCUACUACUUAGGGACCCCUCUUACCAACGCAGCCAACCUGUCUCUCUAUGCAACCUCUUCAAAUAUUACUAUCCCCAAUGACGCAUGCACCGCCCUCCCUUCUACGACUCCCAAUCUUGCUAAUAGCGUUGUUGUCAUACGGCGUGGCGGGUGCGCACUCGCCGACAAGAUCACGAACGCACGGAAAUUUGAGGCUCAGUACUUUUUGAUAUACGAUCAAGCCAACCAGCCGUUGGAACAGCUGGACUUUGGAAAUGCUACCGCAGCACUUAUUACGCAGCAGGAUGGGAUCUAUUUGGUUCAACAAGCAAUCACUGCGAAUGAGACAAUCUCCUUCUCCAAUAUGCCAUGGAAUUACCCAGUUGCUGGUGGCGGCCUAGUCAAUGCGUUUAGUACAUAUGGCCCGACCAAUGACAUGUACCUCAAACCGCAGCUCUCCGCCCCAGGAGGAAGGAUUCUCUCGACCUAUCCUGUCAAAUUGGGUUCAUAUAAAAUCGACUCGGGAACAUCUGCAUCAACUCCAUUUGUCGCAGGUGCAUCCGCCCUUCUCCUCCAGGCACGCGGGAGAAGCCCCGAAGUGGCUAAAUCUGCUAUAUCGAUUUUCCAGAACGCUGCUACUCCAGUGAAGUUCAGCAAGACUUCGAGUUUGCUGGAGACUGCUGCCCAUCAAGGAGCGGGGCUUAUCCAAGUAUAUGAUGCGAUCAAGAAUGUGGGAAGCAUGACCCCGUCCGAAUUAUUACUGAACGAUACGGCGUAUUUUAAAAAGUCCCACAAACUGACGAUCAAGAACAGCGGGAAAAGUAUCGUGACGUAUGAUCUGACACACGUACCUGCCGGAACUGCGAGCACGCUCAAGGGCAUUGAAGUAAUUGCUGGCACGGUCUCUCUUAGUUCCAAUGCCGCAUCCGUCUCUAUAUCGCCUUCUAGAUUGACAAUAAUUCCUGGGUUUACUGCCACUACCACUGUGACGUUCGCGCCUCCUGCUGGUCUUGACAGCUCUUCGUUUCCUGUCUACUCGGGUUACAUCCAAGCCGUUGGAUCAGACAACACCACUCUGCGCUCGACAUAUCUCGGCCUGGCUGCAUCGUUGAAGGAUAUGCGCGUUGUAGAUAACACUACGACGGUGUUUGGUGCCGGAAAGAAACUCCCACUCAUCCAAGACAAGAACAACCAGACGAUCAAUGGAUCGGCAACGUUCACCAUGCAAGGCACGGAUUUUCCUUUCCUAAUUUAUCGGCUCGUUGCGGGGACUCCUCUGCUACAAAUAGAUUUGAUCAAAGCCUCUACGAAUGUGACCUCUAAUUUACGGAAGCGAGGAGAAAACGCAGCGCCAUGCCUCAAUCUCGAAGAGCCUGAGAAGAACCAAAACAUUGAACCAGUUUCUUCCCCGCUAUCAAGGCGAUUUAUUUUCGAUUGGCUCUUCCCAUCCAAGGGACACACAUAUGGAGGCUCAUUUGCGCAAGUUCCGACAUUGGGCGUGAUACAUCAAGACGACUACCCUGCUCGCAACUCGCGUGCGACGACAGCUAGCGCACGAGGUUUCAAUACUCUGCUCAUAAAAUCAUUUGCGAAUGAGACCGAGAUUCCAGACGGGUCGUAUAAAGUCCUCUUCCGUGCGCUCAAAAUCACGGGAAAUCCAAAGAAUGAAGAGGAUUAUGAAGUCUGGACAAGUCCGCAGCUUGAUAUCAAGAGGAUCUGA